AUGGUGCUGGCGAGGUUGGCGGGGAUAAGGGUCUUUGGGACGGGGGGGUUGGGCGGCGUGCAUCGUGGGGGGGAGAGCUCGAUGGAUGUGUCGGCGGAUUUGACGGAGUUGGGGAGGACCAGGGUGGCGGUUGUGAGUAGUGGGUGUAAGGGGUUUUUGGAUAUUCCGAGGACGUUGGAGUUUUUGGAGACGCAGGGGGCGUUUGUGGCGACGUUUGCGGAUGGCCGAGAGGUGGUGGACGGGAAGGGGGUGGAUUUCCCGGCUUUUUGGGCGCGUGACAGCGGCGUGCCGAGCCCGGCGGUCGUGAGGGACGAGAGGGAUGCCGCGGCCAUUAUCUUGGCGCAGGAGCGGUUGGGCGUGGAAUCGGGGAUGUUGUUUGCGAAUCCGAUCCCCGAAGAGGCGGGGAUACCGAGGAAGGAGAUGGAGCUGGUGAUUGAGACGGCUGUGAGGGAGGCGGCGGAGAAGGGAUUCACCGGGAGUGCCAACACGCCGUAUGUCCUCACUCGGAUCAGGCAGCUCACCGAGGAGAGAAGCACGACGGCAAAUGUAGCGUUGGUGCGGUCCAAUGUUGCGCGUGCAGCCAAGAUCUCGGUCGAGCUGGCGAAACUGCUGGACGGGGCGCCAGUGACGGUCAAGGCGGGCGUUGACGGAACCAAACAAGCAUCAACUCCGGCGGCCAAAGUCCAAUCAGGGGUAGAUACAGCGGCCAAGCCACAGGAUCCCCAUCCGGUGGACGUCCUCGUAGCAGGCUCAGUGGCCCUUGAUUUGAACUGCGACUACGCUGGUGGCAAGACAGUGACCCCAGCCCUACACACAUCUAACCCUUCCAGUAUAAGCCAGUCCGUCGGCGGCGUCGGGCACAACAUCGCCCUCGCAGCCCACAGAAUCAGCGGCGACGGGAAGGUCCGCCUCUGCAGCAUGGUCGGCGAUGACAUCGCCGGCUCAACCAUCCUCUCCACCCUCCGAGCCACAGGCCUCGACACCUCCAGCAUCCGCCAGCUCGGCACCGAGUUCCCGUCCGCCCGCACGGCCCAAUACGUAGCCGUCAACGACGCCGACAAGAACCUCGUCAUGGCCAUGGCCGACAUGGACAUCUUCUCCACCCACUCCUUCCCCUCAGACUGGACCUCCACCGUCGCCACCGCCCAACCUAAAUGGCUCGUCGUCGACGCCAACUGGUCCGAGACCGACAUCCAGACCUGGCUGCGCGCCGGCGCCCACCAUAACGCACGCACCGCCUUCGAGCCCGUCUCAGCCGCCAAAUCCCAGCGCCUCUUCCCCAUCAUCCCCAAAAACAACAAACCCACCCUCGGCGUCUACCCCCGCCCCACCGUCGACCUCUGCACCCCCAACCAGCACGAGCUGCUCGCCAUGUACGAGGCCGCGCGCGCCCGCGGCUACCUGGAGCACGACGCGCCGUGGUUCGGCGUGCUGGACGGGUUCGGCAUCCUGCGCGGGGCGCGCGAGCGUUUUGUGGAUAUCGCCGGCGCGGCGGUCGCGGAUUCGGGCGUGCCCGUGCAGUGCGUCAAUCUGCUGCCGUAUAUCCCGACCAUUGUGGCCAAAAUGGGGGCGGGCGGGGCGUUGUUGGUGAUGGUGUUGGGGAAGGGGGAUCCCAGGUUGCGGGAUCCGGAGCAGGCGAGGUUUGUGGUCAGUCGGUCGGUGGAUGGGCGGGGGGAGGUGGGCGGCGUGUAUAUGAGGCUGUUUCCGGUGGUGGAGAGGGUGGAGGAUGUGGUGUCGGUGAAUGGGAUUGGGGAUACGUUUAUGGGGGUGUUGGUGGCGGGGUUGGCGAUGGGGGGGAAGGUGGAAGGGCUGAUUGAUGUUGCGCAGAGGGCGGCGGUGUUGACGUUGAGGAGUAAGGAGAGUGUUAGUGCGGAGGUUAGGGGGCUGAGGGGGGAUUUGAGGAGGGCGGUUGAGGAGUCGCGGUGA